ACCGACCGCUGUCUGUCGCUCUCGCAUCGCAGGUGUCAACGGAGCAAGCGUCCCUGCUGCGGCGAGUCAGGAAACCUAUCUGUCCCGUCGAGAAAAACAUCAGUCCUCCGGAGCCGCCGGCACAACAGAACGGACGGCCUGACAAUGCUCGAUUGAGACCGUGAGCUCGCGUCUGUUGCCAGGGCAGGUUUAAGCGGGGAAGAGGGCGGCUUUCCGGGCUGUAGACAGCGGGUUCGCGGAGCGUCUUCAGCGGGGAGCGCUGCGGUCCUGCCGCCGCCGCCACUGCUACAGCUGCCGCUACAAUGUUCGUUCAGGAGGAGAAGAUCUUCGCAGGCAAAGUCCUGAAGGUCCACGUCUGUACAAUGGAGGGAUCUGAGUGGUUGGAGGAAGUCACGGAAGACACCACUAUAGAGAAACUCAAGGAGAAAUGCUUAAAGCAUUAUGUCCAUGGAAGUCUAGAGGAUCCUAAAACCCUUACACAUCACAAACUCAUUCACGCCGCCACUGAAAGAAUUCUCACUGAAUCCAAAACAGUCUCUGAGGAAAAUCUUAAAGAUAAAGAUUGUUUAAUAUUGUUAAAGAAAAGACCUCCACCAGCUCCACCAAAAAUGACCGACAUAUCUUCUGAAGAGAAGAAGAAGCAAGAGAACAAAGCUCCAGAUAAGGAUGCCAUCCUCAAAGCCACAGCAAGCCUGUCCACUCGUAACACUGACCGUACUGUAACUCAGCACAACAUCAGAGAUUUUCAGACAGAGCUGAGAAAGAUUCUAGUUUCGCUUAUCGAGGUCGCUCAGAAGCUGCUGGCUCUGAAUCCUGAUGCUGUAGAGCUUUUUAAAAAGGCCAAUGCCAUGCUAGAUGAGGAUGAGGAGGAUCGUGUGGAUGAAGCAGCCCUGCAGCAGUUGACUGAGAUGGGUUUUCCUGAGAGUCGUGCUGUGAAGGCUCUGCGCUUAAACCACAUGUCUGUCACCCAGGCUAUGGAAUGGCUGAUUGAGCAUGUUGAUGACCCCAUGGUUGAUACGCCUCUACCAGGACAGGACAGUCCAGGGGCGGCCGCCGCUGCAGCACCCGCUCCAGGAGCCUCUGCCACAGCUUCAGCAGCCCGUGCUCGUUUGACCUCCCAGGCCAGCAUAGACGAGGCCAAACAGGACGAACUGACAGAGAUCUUUAAAAGGAUCAGAAGGAAAAGAGAGUUCAGGCCAGACUCACGGGCAGUGAUUGCACUAAUGGAGAUGGGCUUCGAUGAGAAGGAAGUGAUCGAUGCUCUUCGCGUCAAUAAUAAUCAACAGGAUGCAGCUUGUGAAUGGCUGCUCGGUGACAGAAAGCCCACUCCUGAGGAUCUGGACAAAGGCAUUGAUACCAAUAGUCCACUGUUUCAGGCCAUCCUGGAGAACCCUGUUGUACAGCUUGGUCUUACAAACCCCAAGACUCUUCUAGCAUUUGAGGACAUGCUGGAGAACCCGCUGAACAGCACGCAGUGGAUGAAUGAUCCUGAGACAGGUCCCGUCAUGCUCCAAAUCUCCAGAAUCUAGACACUCAACCGCACAUAAGCACACCUCAUCUCUGGAGCAGCCGGAACCACAGUGCAGCGGAAAGGUCAAUCGUUUAUAAGAGAACUGUGUGAGUUUGUGUGUGUGUGUUUGUGGCAUAAUUAUUGUUUUAAGUGGGAAGUCACAGAUGAUGAAUGUAAAAAUACGAUGAUGACAUUUUCACAUCAUGAUAUACAGAGGAAAAUAUCUAUUUAUAUCUCUACUCAACACUUGUACAAAGCAGUAACUUAAUGAUGAAUCGCUAACUACAUUAUUUAGUUUUUUUUUUUAUAUUUUAGGAAGAUUUGUUUUUAAUUAUAUUAAGCACAUGCUUUAUUUUAUGUAAUUUUUUCCCUGUGUAAUUGUACAAUUAGUCAUUUAAAAAGAAGAAAAACAAUUUUGUAUGUUACCUGUGCGCAAAGAUCAAAUUCGAACCAAAUUAUGACACCUCACACAGUACAUUUAAAUGUUUCUACAGGGAGGUAAACAUGUAUUUAUGUAUUCAACCAUUAUUGGUUCAAAAACAAUUAGGUUAUGUAAUAGAUGUUCCUUACAACCAAAUGAUCUGAACGUAUGUUGUGGGAAAGCGAGCACCAGCAGUUUUUCUGCAAUUCCUCAUUUAAAGAUGGUUCGAACAUGGUACAUGUAUUUCUGUGAUGUGGAACUGACGGAAGCCCCUUGUGAACACUGAUAUAUGAUAGAUAAUGAAAUCUAACCUGAUCCCUUUGUUUCUUUUAUCUCUCUUUUUCUUCUAAUCCAGGGGUGGGCAAACUCUCUUCUGGAGGGCCGGUGUCCAGCACAGUUUAGCUCCAAGUCUAAUCAAACACACCUGCUUAUAGAUUUCUGGUGAUCUUGAAGACACUGAUAAGCAUGUUCAGGUGUGCUUGAUUAGUGUUAGAGCUAAACUGUACAGGACACCGGCCCUCCAGGAACGAGUUUGCCCACCUCUUUUCUAAUCUAUAAACAGACUAUUCAGGUGGAAUCUGUCCAAAUAGACACAAUUCAGUUUUUGUUUUGUCUGUUUAGAACAAAGAUGUUAUAUACCUAAAUGAGUACUGGAUCGUUACCUUACUUUACUCUCUGUAGCCCCUGCAUCAGGGGUUUUCAAGUGAAGUAUUGCAGUAACUUUUUAUUAUCCACUAUUAUGAUCAAGCUGCUGCCUCUGUCUUGCUGUACUUACAGCAGGCUGGGAAGUUUAGAAACUUGUUUCUGCCAUGGAAAAUAAAGUUUAUAUUUCACAAUUCAGACUUUUCCUCUGAGAUUUGUGAAUUAAAUCUCACAUUUGCAUGUUAUGAACU